CGCGUGUUGAGCGACGAUCGUGAUGGGCAAGACGGCCUUGCCGCCAACACCACCACCCCAUCCCAACCUCGCCUCGCCGCAUAGCACAUGUCCACCGCCCUCUGCGACGCGCCGUGAAUGUGUGCUGCUGGUGCGCGCGCUGUGUUCUUGGCCCCGGCUGUUCAAAGCAUCAUUCCGAUCUACCUUCACAUGACCGCGCAUUUAGCACCACGUCGUGCCUGGAUACCUUAGCUCCGUCGAAAGCCACCGCCGCCGCCGACGCUCCACCUGCUUGCUCGCCAUCCACCUCCGCCCGGCCGUCGCGCUGAGGCAUCAGACCAUGGCCGACUUGUGUCGCAGGAUCUUCUCGUGUUGCGGAAGUCGUUCCAAGGUCGACUACGACAAUGUCCUCGCAGACACGGAACGGGAGGCCGUCGCCGACCUCCUCAGCUUCCUCGACAAUCGAGCAGAAACCGACUUCUUCAGCGGACCUCCUCUCGACGCAUUAUCCACUCUGGUAUACAGCCAAAAUAUCGAUCUACAACGGAGCGCCAGUUUGACCUUUGCUGAGAUUACCGAAAGAGAUGUGCGGCCGGUAGACCGAUCGACCCUCGAGCCUAUCCUGUUUCUACUCGAGAGCCCUGACAUCGAGGUCCAACGUGCUGCCUCGGCCGCGCUGGGCAAUCUUGCCGUAGAUGGCCAGAACAAGACCCUCAUCGUCUCGCUCGGAGGCCUGACACCACUGAUACGACAAAUGAAUAGCCCGAACGUCGAAGUGCAGUGCAACGCUGUCGGCUGUAUAACGAAUCUAGCCACACAUGAGGAGAACAAAGCCCGUAUCGCACGAUCUGGAGCACUUGCGCCGCUGACGAGAUUGGCAAAGAGCAAGGAUAUGAGGGUGCAGCGAAAUGCAACGGGAGCUCUACUCAAUAUGACACAUUCAGACGACAACCGACAACAGCUGGUUUCAGCGGGUGCUAUUCCCGUGCUUGUCAGCUUGCUGAGUAGCACCGAUACCGAUGUCCAGUACUACUGCACCACAGCUCUCAGCAAUAUCGCGGUGGACAGCACAAACCGGAAACGAUUGGCGCAAACAGAACCGAAGCUUGUGCAAAGCCUGGUGCAUUUGAUGAAAGGUCAGGCGCCGAAAGUGCAAUGCCAGGCGGCUCUCGCGCUCAGGAAUCUGGCCAGUGAUGAAAAAUAUCAAUUGGAAAUUGUACGAGCCGGAGGACUACCGCCAUUACUUGGAUUACUACAAAGCAGCUACCUCCCCCUGAUCUUAUCAGCAGUGGCUUGCAUACGAAACAUCAGCAUACACCCCAUGAACGAGUCGCCGAUCAUCGAUGCUGGAUUUCUCAAACCGCUUGUCGACCUGCUCGGCUCUACAGACAACGAGGAAAUUCAAUGUCAUGCGAUUUCGACAUUACGAAACCUCGCUGCUUCAUCGGAUCGCAACAAGCAACUGGUGCUGCAAGCUGGUGCUGUGCAGAAAUGCAAGGAGUUGGUGUUGGAUGUGCCGCUCAGCGUGCAAUCAGAAAUGACGGCCGCGAUUGCUGUCCUUGCACUGUCAGACGAGCUCAAACCCCAGCUAUUGGAUCUUGGCGUGUUUGAUGUCCUCAUCCCACUUACCGAAAGCGAAAGUAUAGAAGUGCAGGGCAACAGUGCGGCGGCUUUGGGUAACCUGAGCAGUAAAGUUGGCGACUACUCGCUGUUCCUUACCUCGUGGAAAGAGCCACAAGGUGGUAUUCAUGGCUACCUCAACCGCUUCUUGGCCUCUGGUGAUCCAACAUUCCAACACAUCGCGAUUUGGACCCUCCUCCAAUUGCUCGAGUCUGGCGAUCAGAAGCUGACAGAUGUCAUCACGAAAUCCGAAGAUGUCAUGAACAUGGUCCGAGAAAUUAGCGAAAAGCAGGUCGAAUCCGAAGACGAAGGCGAGGAUAGCGAAGACGGCGAAGGCGAAGUCGUGGCACUUGCCAGAAGAUGUCUCGAGAUCAGCAAUGGCGACGUGCCACCAGGCAGCAAAACGGACAGCCAGCCAUCUUCGUUCAAAGCGUCAUGACGAAGAACGGAUUGAUGCCCGCGAAAGAUCUGCCAGCACGACUAUGCAUUUUGAAUGUUGUUGAUUGAAAGCCAGCAAGCGAGCGCGCGCAUUUUGAAAAACGGUCCUGAUUUUCUCUUCUUCGAUUAUUGCAAUACCAGCAUUCGGGUGAUUUUUGGGAUGAUGGCGUUGGAGAUGGGGCUUGGUGAUGGUGCCAAGAUCAGGCUCGUGGAUGGCGCCCCCGGAGGGUGAUGUCCUGUUUGUUGUCGAGACGCAGAGAUGCAAUGGAUACCGAAGUGUGCCGUAGUAAUACGAAAGUGUAUUGGAUGGAUAGGGGACUAUGGAAGGAAUUGAAGUUGAAUGAAGGGAGGAGAUGUGUGUGUGCAUUCUGCUGCUACUUGUAUGAGAGAGCAUGAGGAGAGGAAUCUUUGACUUUCUUCUCCUCCUCGAAGCAUUCGUGGCAUAUUCUGGCAUGACUAGAGGAAAUGAUACAAAAGAUUGUUGAUGCA